GGAAGGAUGAGCUCCUGUGCCAACAUCUGCAGGUCCAAGCACGUGCAGGGCAGCACUGAAGGAGGGUACCAACGCUAUGGAGUUCGGUCCUACCUGCAUCAGUUUUAUGAAGACUGCACAGCUUCAAUUUGGGAGUAUGAGGAUGAUUUCCAGAUCCAGAGAUCACCUAGUAGGUGGAGCUCUACGCUCUGGAAGGUUGGACUCAUCUCUGGGAUGGCUUUCAUGCUGAUCGGUUUAAUGGUUCUUGUAGUGGGUUUUCUUGUACCACCGAAAAUCGAAGCUUUGGGGAAAGAUGAUUUUGUGGUGGUGGAUACCCGUGCAAUUCGGUUUAAUGGGUCCCUCGAUAUAUGUAAGCUGGCAGGAGCGAUCUUGUUUUGCCUUGGAGGCUCCACUGUGGCAGUGUGUCUGCUGAUGUCUGCUCUGGUGAAAAGUCACUCCAAAGAAGAAAAGUACCUCCAGCAAAGAUUUAAGGAGAGGAUAGCUGAUAUAAAACCCCACGCAAACCCUAUUACAAAAGCACCUGCGCCAGGAGAGUCUAAGAUACCCGUCAGUUUGUCCAAAGUUCAAAAUGUGCAACCUUUACCUGAAACCUGACCCGUUCCUUAGGUUUUGUUUCUCACUUGUAGAUCACUUUAACUGGAAAAGUAUCAGCUGUUGUUGGUGUAUGUGCUAGUUGGUCACAACAUCGAGUGCUCUGC